UUUACAAUAGAAAACAUUCUUUUCCGGAAGAAAAAUUCAAAUAAAAAGUAAAAUGUAAAUUCCAGUUUCGCCUUUCAUCCAUAUAAAAAGGGGUGCCCUACAUACAUCUUUCACUCACUCUUGGAACUUUACAAAGAUGAUAGCUUUUAUUACUGUGCUGGCUUUGGCGGCAUCCGUCACCGCUCAAUACCCAUACCAACAACAAGGACACCAACAGGGAUACCAAGCUCAGCAAUCAUAUCAACCACAACCAUCUCAACACCAAGCUCCUGCUUACCAGCCACAAUCCUAUCAACCUCAACCACAGUCUUAUCAACCUCAACCACAAUCAUAUCAACCUCAGCAGCCAGCACAUCAACCCCAACCCCAAUAUCAUGCUCCAAGUACACAAGCUCGCACAGUAGCACCACCUGCUGCAGUUCACUAUGUCAACAUUGGUGCUGAGUUAGCUGGAGACUACAAGUUUGGUUACGAUACUGGAAAGGGUCAAGACCAGAGCUUCAGAGAAGAAACUAGACUUCCAGACGGGUCUGUUAAAGGAGCUUACGGAUACGUCGAUGAAACUGGUAAACAGAGAAUCAUCAGAUACACUGCAGGUAAGGAUGGUUACAAGGUUGAAGGAGACGGUAUCCCCAAAGCACCACCUGCACCAGCUCAUGCAGCACCAGCGCAGGCAGCUCCAGCACAGCAAGGAUAUGGAGGUGCAUACGGUGAUAACCAACAAUAUGGAGCUGGAAGCUAUCAUUAAAAAACAUUACCAAUUUGAAAAGUUUUGUUGAUAUACUAUUUAAAUUUCUCACUUAAAAUGUUUGGUGCUAAUAAUUUAUUAUGAAUAAUGUUUCUUUCAAAAAUUUUCAAACUGUGUAAAUGGAACUGAUUUCAAGAAUUAUAAUAUAUGUCUUAAAUAGAAAAUUUAUCCUUAAAUCAGAGCAAAAAUCUAGCCUAAUAAGUUUUAAUUAAGAAAAGUAAAAAAGAGCUGACGCACAAAAAAAUUUGUUUUUAAGAAAUUAAUUCCUAUGAGACGUCAUAUAUUAAGACUUGAGUUUACGAUUUAUAAUUAAAUUACGUAAAUUUAAUUCUGUAAUCAAAUUUAGUUUAAAAGUAAUUACUGACAUUUUUAAAAUAGAUUCUUAAUUAUUUAUAAGAAAAAUUAAAAUUUUCAAAUGAAAUGCAUUUUUUCUACUUCAUAGUUAGGCAUUAAAUAUGGAGUAAUUACCAAAAGAAAAUUAAACAAAAUGCAAAUAAAAUAUUAAUAUUCACAAUUUCAUUUUAUUUUUUUCUAACUAUCCGUAUUGAAAACGUAAAGUACUAAACAAUAUCUCAUGCUAAUUUCCUAGAAUUUUUUAGCUAAAAAUUCUUGAUAAACAUUUAACUUUUUUUUUUCAGUUUCUGUAAGUUUGAAUUGUAGAGGUUAAAAUACUAAAUAUUUUUUAAAUUUUUUAGAAGAAAUAAAAAUAUCAAGAUUUAAUUCUUUCUAAAAAAACGUUCUCUUAUAAAAACAACUUAUUAAUAUUUAAAUGCUAAUAUCAUCGUUACCGAUAGCUUAUCGCAACGUUUUUCUUUGAGAAGAAAAAGCACUAAGAAAAAAAAAUCGCCAAGAAGGAAAUUACUGUUUUUUUAUGCCCGAAUAAAAUAUUCCUUUCUAAUUAGAGAAUAUAACUAUUUUUUCUAUCAAAGCUUAUUGGGCCAGGUAAAGAAAAAGGCUACAGAAGCUCAUUAAAAGCAAUGAACAAGCUAUUUCAAAUUUAUAAGACGUUAAACAAAAAACGGAAAUACUUGUGCAUUAUUUAUUUUCCCAGGACUCCAGGUUAUUUUUCUUUCUUUAAGCCAAAGACUCUAUUUUUCCUUUUAUUCUUUAUUAAAAUUACUUUGGACUUAUUUUUCUGUAUUUCCUUUCGCAAAAAUCUCAUAAAUGAUUUAAAAUAUCUAGUCUCCUGAAAAAAACUAAGUAUCUUUUUGUAUGCAUUAUCACAAAAUUUCCAAUCUAGAUGUGCUGUGCCAAAUGUAGAAUAAAAAAAAAUUAUUUAAAUUGUUACAUUUAAAUAUGCUAGUGCAUAUUUAUCAAUUGCAAAGAGACUAAUUUUGUUUUAGAAACAUAACUGUGAUUUAAAAAAAUCAUUCUUUGAUCUUUUGGUUUGCUACAACUGUGAUCUAUUUGUGUAAUUUUCAAUAAUUCAGUGAAAAUAAAAAUCAUUUUGUUUUGUA